UCCAUCCUCUUCUCUUCCCCUGCAGACCAUGGCAGCAGUGACCAUGACGGUGCCCGGGCGGAAGGCGCCCCCCAGGACGGGCCCGGUGCCCGAGGCAGCCCAGCCCUACCUGUUCACAGCCCAUGGGCCAAGCUUGGGUGUCGGGCCUGGGGGCUUGGCCAACUCCGCGGCGGUGCUGCGAGAUGAGGGCGAGGAAGAGGCCGAGGUGGAGCUGGCGGAGAGCGGACGGCGGCUGCGGCUGCCGCGGGACCAGGUCCAGCGCAUGAACCCGCCCAAGUUCAGCAAAGCCGAGGACAUGGCCGAGCUGACCUGCCUCAACGAGGCCUCGGUGCUGCACAACCUCCGCGAGCGCUACUACUCCGGCCUCAUCUACACGUACUCGGGCCUGUUCUGUGUGGUCAUCAACCCGUACAAGCAGCUCCCCAUCUACACGGAGGCGAUUGUUGAGAUGUACCGGGGCAAGAAGCGCCAUGAAGUGCCGCCCCACGUGUACGCGGUGACCGAGGGGGCCUACCGCAGCAUGCUCCAGGAUCGUGAGGAUCAGUCCAUUCUCUGCACUGGGGAGUCCGGAGCCGGGAAGACAGAAAACACCAAGAAGGUCAUCCAGUACCUUGCCCACGUGGCAUCAUCACCAAAGGGCAGGAAGGAGCCAGGCGUACCGGCCUCCACCGGCACCAUGUCUUAUGGCGAGCUGGAGCGGCAGCUUCUUCAGGCCAACCCCAUCCUGGAGGCCUUCGGCAACGCCAAGACGGUGAAGAAUGACAACUCCUCCCGAUUUGUGAGUGCAGGGAGCGCGCUGCCUGGAUACCUGGCGCCAAACAGCAAUCUGCUGGAGAAGUCGCGGGCCAUCCGCCAGGCCAAGGACGAGUGCAGCUUCCACAUCUUCUACCAGCUGUUGGGCGGCGCCGGCGAGCAGCUCAAGGCCGACCUGCUCCUGGAGCCUUGCUCCCAGUACCGCUUCCUCACCAACGGGCCCGCGUCCUCCCCCGGCCAGGAGCGUGAGCUCUUCCAGGAGACGCUGGAGUCCCUGCGUGUCCUGGGAUUCACCCACGAGGAGAUCACCUCCAUGCUGCGGAUGGUCUCAGCCGUGCUCCAGUUUGGCAACAUCGUCCUGAAACGAGAACGGAACAACGACCAGGCCUCCAUGCCUGACAACACAGCUGCCCAGAAGCUCUGCCGCCUGCUGGGACUGGGGGUAACGGACUUCUCCCGUGCCCUGCUCACCCCCCGCAUCAAAGUUGGCCGGGACUACGUGCAGAAAGCGCAGACCAAGGAGCAGGCUGACUUCGCGCUGGAAGCCCUGGCCAAGGCCACCUAUGAGCGCCUCUUCCGCUGGCUGGUCCUGCGCCUCAACCGGGCCCUGGACCGCAUGCCCAGUAUCUGGGGACCUGACUCGCUCUCCCUUCCUGUCAAUGGUCAGGCCAACCCGCCUGGGCCCCCGCCCCUGCUGGAUGAGGAGUGCUGGUUCCCCAAGGCCACGGACAAGUCCUUCGUGGAGAAGGUGGCGCAGGAGCAGGGCGGCCACCCCAAGUUCCAGCGGCCGCGGCAGCUGCGGGACCAGGCUGACUUCAGCGUCUUGCACUACGCGGGCAAGGUCGACUACAAGGCCAAUGAGUGGCUGAUGAAAAACAUGGACCCUCUGAAUGACAAUGUCGCGGCCCUGCUGCACCAGAGCACAGACCGGCUGACGGCGGAGAUCUGGAAAGACGAACAGGGGGGCUUCCAGCAAUUCUCUUUCCUUGGCUCCUUCCCACCGGCGCCCCCAGGACCUUCAGGGAGGCACGGCUCUGCCAUCUCUCCGCCAGGGGUGGAGGGCAUCGUGGGGCUGGAGCAGGUGAGCAGCCUGGGGGAUGGCCCCCCGGGUGGCCGCCCCCGCCGGGGCAUGUUCCGGACCGUGGGACAGCUCUACAAGGAGUCCCUGAGCCGCCUCAUGGCCACACUCAGCAACACCAACCCCAGCUUCGUCCGCUGCAUUGUCCCCAACCAUGAGAAGCGGGCCGGGAAGCUGGAGCCGCGGCUGGUGCUGGACCAGCUGCGCUGUAACGGCGUCCUGGAGGGCAUCCGCAUCUGUCGCCAAGGCUUCCCCAACCGCAUCCUCUUCCAGGAGUUCCGGCAGCGGUAUGAGAUCCUGACGCCCAAUGCCAUCCCCAAGGGCUUCAUGGACGGGAAGCAGGCCUGUGAGAAGAUGAUCCAAGCCCUAGAACUGGACCCCAACCUCUACCGCGUGGGACAGAGUAAGAUUUUCUUCCGGGCGGGGGUCCUGGCCCAGCUGGAGGAGGAGCGGGACCUGAAGGUCACGGACAUCAUCGUGUCCUUCCAGGCGGCUGCCCGGGGGUACCUGGCUCGCAGGGCCUUCCAGAAGCGGCAGCAGCAGCAGAGCGCGCUGCGGGUGAUGCAGCGGAACUGCGCGGCUUACCUCAAGCUGCGACACUGGCAGUGGUGGCGGCUCUUCACCAAGGUGAAGCCGCUGCUGCAGGUCACCCGGCAGGAUGAGGUGCUGCAGGCGCGGGCGCAGGAGCUGCAGAAAGUGCAGGAGCUCCAGCAGCAGAGCGCCCGCGAGGUGGGCGAGCUGCAGAGCCGGCUGACACAGCUGGAAGAGGAGCGCACCCGCCUGGCAGAGCAGCUUCGAGCAGAGGCAGAGCUGUGCGCUGAGGCCGAGGAGACCCGGGGGCGGCUGGCAGCCCGCAAGCAGGAGCUGGAGCUGGUGGUGUCAGAGCUGGAGGCCCGCGUGGGGGAGGAGGAGGAGUGCAGCCGCCAGCUGCAGCACGAGAAGAAGAGGCUGCAGCAGCACAUACAGGAGCUGGAGACCCACCUGGAGGCCGAGGAGGGGGCCCGGCAGAAGCUGCAGCUGGAGAAGGUGACGACGGAGGCAAAGCUGAAGAAAUUUGAGGAAGAUCUGCUGCUCCUGGAGGACCAGAACACCAAGCUGAGCAAGGAGCGGAGGCUGCUGGAGGAGCGGCUGGCCGAGUUCUCCUCCCAGGCCGCCGAGGAGGAGGAGAAGGUCAAGAGCCUCAAUAAGCUGCGGCUGAAAUACGAGGCGACGAUUGCGGACAUGGAGGACCGCCUGCGGAAGGAGGAGAAGGGCCGCCAGGAGCUGGAGAAGCUGAAGCGGCGGCUGGACGGCGAGAGCUCGGAGCUGCAGGAGCAGAUGGUGGAGCAGCAGCAGCGGGUGGAGGAGCUGCGGGCCCAGCUGGGCCGCAAGGAGGAGGAGCUGCAGGCUGCCUUGGCCAGGGUGGAGGAGGAGGGCGGGGCCCGCGCCCUGCUGCUCAAAUCCCUGCGGGAGGCGCAAGCAGGACUGUCCGAGGCCCAGGAAGACCUGGAGGCCGAGCGCUUGGCCAGGGCCAAGGCCGAGAAGCAGCGGCGGGACCUGGGCGAGGAGCUGGAGGCCCUGCGGGGCGAGCUGGAGGACACGCUGGACUCCACCAAUGCCCAGCAGGAGCUCCGGUCCAAGAGGGAACAGGAGGUGACGGAGUUGAAGAAGGCUCUGGAGGAGGAGACCCGCAUUCACGAGAUAGCGGUGCAGGAGCUGAGGCAGCGCCAUGGCCAGGCGCUGGGAGAGCUGGCGGAACAGCUGGAGCAGGCCCGGAGGGGCAAAGGUGUCUGGGACAAGACCCGGCUGGCUCUGGAGACCGAGGUGUCUGAGCUGCGGGCAGAGCUGAGUAACCUGCAGGCCUCGCGGCAGGAGGGCGAGCAGCGGAGGCGCCGCCUGGAGUCACAGCUACAGGAGGUGCAGGGCCGGGCCGGCGACGGGGAGCGGGCACGUGCGGAGGCUGCGGAGAAGCUGCAGCGAGCCCAGGUUGAACUCGAGAACGUGUCUGGGGCACUGAGUGAGGCCGAGUCCAGAGCCAUCAGGCUGAGCAAGGAGCUGAGCAGCACAGAGGCCCAGCUGCACGAUGCCCAGGAGCUUCUGCAGGAGGAGACCAGGGCAAAGCUGGCCUUGGGGUCCCGGGUGCGAGCCUUGGAGGCUGACGUGUCCGGGCUACGGGAGCAGCUGGAGGAGGAGGCGGCCGCCAGGGGGCGGGCCGGCCGUGAGCUGCAGACCGCCCAGGUCCAGCUCUCAGAGUGGCGGCGGCGCCAGGAGGAGGAGAUUUCCCGCACCCUGUCUCCCGCAACCCCCAAGCUCCUGGCAGAGGAGAAGGCCGCUGUGCUGCGGGCGGUGGAGGAGCGCGAGCGGGUGGAGGCCGAGGGCCGGGAGCGUGAGGCCCGGACCCUGUCGCUGACUCGGGCGCUGGAGGAGGAGCAGGAAGCGCGUGAGGAGCUGGAGCGGCAGAACCGGGCCCUCCGGGCGGAGCUGGAGGCCCUGCUGAGCAGCAAGGAUGACGUGGGCAAGAGCGUACAUGAGCUGGAGCGAGCCCGCCGGGCGGCAGAACAGGCGGCCAGUGACCUGCGAACGCAGGUGACCGAGCUGGAGGACGAGCUGACGGCCGCCGAGGACACCAAGCUGCGCCUGGAAGUGACCGUGCAGGCGUACCCGCGGGAGCUGCAGGGUGGCAUCCAGCUGGCUGUGCCUCGGGGCUUCCAGGGGGCGAGAGGUGGCAAAGCAGCUAGAAGUGUAAGCCCUGAAACCGGACGGCCUGGGUUCGAGUCCCGCUCCGCCACUUACACCCUGGCCACUCAUAAACCUCCCCUCUGUUCUGCGCAGGCCCAGAUGAAGGAGCUGUGGCGGGAGGUGGAGGAGACACGCACCUCCCGGGAGGAGAUCUUUGCCCAGAACCGGGAGAGUGACAAGCGCCUGAAAGGGCUGGAGGCGGAGGUGCUGCGGCUGCAGGAGGAACUGGCCGCUUCCGACCGCGCCCGGCGGCAGGCCCAGCAGGAACGGGACGAGAUGGCAGACGAUUUUUUGGGCAAAGGCAGCCUUAGCAAGGCAGCCAUUCUGGACGAGAAGCGGCAGCUGGAGGGGCGCCUGGGGCAGAUGGAAGAGGAGCUGGAGGAGGAGCAGAGCAACGCGGAGCUGCUCGGUGACCGCUACCGCAAGCUGCUGCUGCAGGUGGAAUCGCUGACCACAGAGCUGUCCGCUGAGCGCAGCUUCUCAGCCAAGGCGGAGAGCGGGCGGCAGCAGCUGGAGCGGCAGAUCCAGGAGCUCCGGGAACGCCUGGGCGAGGAGGACGCGGGCGCCCGGGCCCGCCAGAAGAUGACCAUCGCUGCCCUCGAGUCGAAGCUGGCCCAGGCCGAGGAGCAGUUGGAGCAGGAAAGCAGGGAGCGCAUCCUCUCCGGCAAACUGGUGCGCAGAGCUGAGAAGCGGCUUAAAGAGGUGGUGCUGCAGGUGGAGGAGGAACGGAGGGUGGCCGACCAGCUCAGGGACCAGCUGGAGAAGGGGAACCUUCGAGUGAAGCAGCUGAAGCGGCAGCUGGAGGAGGCUGAGGAAGAGGCAUCCAGGGCUCAGGCAGGUCGUCGAAGGCUGCAGCGUGAGCUGGAGGAUGUCACAGAGUCUGCUGAGUCCAUGAACCGUGAGGUGACCACGUUGAGGAACCGGCUCCGACGCGGGCCCCUCACCUUCACCACCCGCACAGUGCGCCAGGUGUUCCGACUGGAGGAGGGUGUGGCAUCAGAUGAGGAGGCCGAGGAGGCAGAGCCAGGUUCUGGACCGCAGCCCCAGGAGUCUGAUGGGCCCCAGGACGUGCAGCCCCAGUGACCCCUCCCUGUUUCUAGCCAUCAGCCCCUCCCUCCCUGGCCCUGGAGGGUGCAGGUCCCAUGAACCCACCCUGUGGCUUCUUGCACUUUGGAAAUGGUGCCACCUGCUGGCACCACCCACUUAUCAACCGCACCCCAGAGGGCCCUCUGAGACCUCCGUAAACGCAGAAUAAUGGAGAGCCCAGGUGGGGAGCAGGAGGCAAGGACUGGGGCUCUCCCGCUGGAGUGGAAAUUCGGGUGUAGUUUGCACACUGUGGACCCAUACAGCUCCCAUACUUACUUCA